CGCCUUCUUCCCUCCAACUUUCCAUUCAAUCCGCGUCCAGCAACUGUCGUAGUCUCUCUUGGUCUGUACUCCUCUGCGUAUCGUUCUGCUCGUUAAGUCGUCCCAAAGAAAUAAAUACACAAUGUCUGAUGACGGUACAGUUGUUGAAAAGAAAAGGGGAGGCCGUAAGUCAGAGGCUGAAGUUGAAGAAGUAAAGGAGGUAAGAAAGAGGGGGAGGUCAGCUGCCGAAAAGAAGGAAGCACCUAAGAAGGUGACUGAGGACGGAGAGGCACCCGCCAAGAGGGGCAGGGGCAGACCCAAAGGCUCGUCAAAGAAAGCGGCGGCAAAACCCAAAGCGAAGACCACAGGUGGAACCGGAAAGAGAGGCAGACCCAAGAAAAAGGAGACCAAAAAGGACGAGUCCGAGAACGAGGAAGAGGAAGAUGAAGACGAGACUGAAGAAAAUGGAGAGGAGGAGGACGAUGAAUAAACGUGCUGGUGGCCUUCAUUUUUGUUCGCCCACCUCUGCAGUAUUCCUUCCAUUUCAAUAUUAUUACAUUUUGCGUUUUCAAGAACAAUUUGAUACGGAUGAUUACUCCUCAUGCCAGUAUGGCAAUUUUAAUAAUUUUUCCCUUUGUAA